AUGAUAUAUGGAUGCGUGUUCUAUGCGGAUUAUGUCGUUACGGUAUGGAUGGUCAUGCCGGUAUUCGGAAAUUCUGUGUUCCACGACAGGUCAGCACACGUGGGUUCGAUGUCUUCUUCAUCUGAAGACGACGCGAGCGAUCGUGAAGCGAUGAUGUUGAGAAGUCGCAAUGGAGCCGUGGGAGACUGGACGAUGUGCACUCGAUGCGAAUCUUUUAGACCUCCUCGUGCUCAUCACUGUCGUGUAUGCCGUCGUUGCAUUCGCAAGAUGGACCAUCACUGCCCGUGGGUGAACAACUGUGUAGGCGAAUUCAACCAGAAGUUUUUCUUACAAUUCCUGUUUUACGUUGGAUUGUCCAGCUGUUACACAGUGUUGUAA